AUGCCACCGCCACCACCUUAUGCGGAUCCAUAUUACGGUCGCCCUCAUCAUCACCCUCGUCGUCCAGGUAUUGAAAUUGAUAUUUUUCCCGGAUGGCGUGGCGCGUACUUUGCUCCACCGCCCCCACCGCCGCCGCCGCCACCACGCACCACUGAGGUCAUAGUUGUGACCCCGGGUAAUGCUGCCGCCGGUUAUGGGACGCCAGCUGCCACUUAUAUACCGCCGCAAGGACAAUAUUACAACAACAAUUAUUAUAAUAACGGCGCUUACUCAUAUCCGCAACACUACAAUAAUCCGCCAUAUCCCGGCUGGUAG